UAAACGACGAAAGGAUAAUCUAAAAUCAGUAGUAAUCGUUUGUGGAAAGCUUACAAAAUCUGAAUUCUUCAGUCACUCCGCCAUCAACUGCCGCACCGACAACACAAUUCUGUUAUCAACUUCUCAUCACUUUCUCAUGGCUGCGUGCGGUUUUGGGACUUCAACCCUUAAAGUUGCAAACUUGGAGUGGGGCAUUGUUACACCCAAAUUCAUCAAUUUGCAGACUUUGUAUGGUUUGAAGCCCCCAAAAUAUGUCCCGUUGGCAUUGUCAUACAAAUCGAAGAAGGCUUUGAUGAUUGGGUGCCGGAGUUCGAAAUCCGAGGCUGGGCCUGAUUCUACUACAAAUUUGGAGGACAACCCUGAAGAAAGUCUGUCUUCUGAUGUGCCAAGCACAUACGUUCCCAAUCCGUUUGAGGUAGAAUCUCUUCUGACAGUUAUGUGUGACACAAAAUCAGUAAUGCAGUUUGAACUUAAACUUGGGGACUUUCAAUUACAUGUGACAAGAGAAUCGGCUGAGCAGAGCGCUCCUCCACAUGCUCCAGUUCCUGCACCAGUUGCUGCCCAAUCAGUUACUGAAACCCCUGCCUCUGAUAAUUCUGAUCCGUCACCGCCUUUAGCCCUCACCAAACCAUCAUAUUUCUCUGGAAGAGUUCAGACCUUGCUUGACAAGGCAGUGGAUGAAGGUUUGGCAAUACUUCAAUCUCCAAGGGUUGGAUACUUUAGGAGAUCUAGGACGAUUAAAGGGAAACGUGCUCCUCCAUCUUGCAAAGAGAAGGAUACAGUGAAGGAGGGUCAGGUGCUCUGCUACAUCGAACAGCUAGGUGGUGAACUACCUGUUGAGUCCGACAUUUCUGGCGAGGUCGUUAAGAUACUUAAAGAAGAUGGCGAUCCCGUUGGAUAUGGUGAUGCUCUUAUCGCUGUCCUUCCUUCCUUUCCUGGGAUAUUACUAUGAAAACUCCAGUAGCUAGUAUCGUGAUUAGAUUGAACAAAUUGAAUGAACAGACGGAUUAGCUCUAUGAAUUUUCUUAUGUAUUUGUUGCCUAUAAAUAGAAAUCUAGUUAUUCUUGUAGAUCCUACGUGAUUUGUCCAAUGUUGUGUGUAUCCAUCAGUUGUACUGACUCUAUAACCACGCUACAUUUUCAUCGAAAUGUAUUCCAUGAUUCGACUUUUUUUCAUUA